CUGUACAAAGAUUGCUUACUGCUUCAUGCUCCCUAUAUAAAGCUUGAGUGACAAACUGCAAAAAUUGCAGAAAUUCUAUAUACCCGCAGUACGUACUCUUGUUCUUCGUAUUACAAUAAUGCAGAUGGGGGUUGAAAAUGGUGAAGGUGCUGCUGCCAUUAAGGAUAAAUACAAACAAUCCCUAGGCAUAUCCUCGGCUGCAGAUGCGGGGAACACCUCCAAAUGCUUCGACGACGACGGCCGCUCCAAAAGAACCGGGAGUGUUUGGACUGCAAGUGCCCACAUAAUAACAGCAGUGAUAGGAUCUGGGGUUCUUUCCUUAGCCUGGGCCAUUGCUCAGCUGGGAUGGAUAGCUGGUCCAACAGUGAUGCUCCUCUUCUCUUUUGUGACUUACUACACUGCUGCUCUCCUCGCCGACUGUUACCGCUCUGGUGACCCAGUCACCGGCAAGAGAAACUAUACUUACAUGGAAGCUGUGGAAUCUAAUCUUGGAGGGCUUAAGGUCAAGAUGUGUGGUCUAAUUCAGUAUUUAAAUCUAUUUGGAACUGCAAUUGGAUACACCAUUGCAGCAUCUAUUAGCAUGAUGGCAAUCAAACGGACUAAUUGUUUCCAUGAGAGUGGUGGGAAAAAUCCAUGCCAUAUAUCAAGCAACCCAUACAUGAUUCUGUUUGGCAUCACUGAAAUAAUAUUUUCCCAGAUACCAGAUUUUGACCAAAUAUGGUGGCUCUCAAUUAUUGCUGCGGUCAUGUCUUUUACCUACUCAUCGAUUGGUCUCGCCCUCGGAAUUGCCAAAGUUGCAGCUAAUGGGACUAUUAGUGGUAGUCUUACUGGUGUAAGAAUUGGAACUGUGACUCAAGCCCAAAAGAUAUGGGGGAGCUUCCAAGCUCUUGGUGACAUAGCUUUCGCCUACUCUUACUCUAUGAUUCUUAUCGAAAUCCAGGACACAAUCAAAUCCCCACCAUCAGAAGCAAAAACAAUGAAGAAGGCAACCUUAUUAAGUGUUGGUGUGACCACAGCUUUCUACAUGCUUUGUGGAUGCAUGGGAUAUGCAGCAUUUGGGGACCUAUCACCUGGAAACCUCCUCACUGGUUUUGGGAUUUUUAACCCAUUUUGGCUGCUUGAUAUUGCCAAUGCUGCAAUUGUGAUCCACCUUGUUGGGGCAUACCAAGUUUACUCCCAGCCACUUUUUGCAUUUGUUGAGAAAUGGGCAGCAGAGAAAUGGCCUGGCAAUGAAUUCAUCAUCAAGGAAAUCAAAAUCCCAAUCCCAGGUUUUCGCCCGUAUAACCUAAACCUCUUCCGUUUAGUAUGGAGGACGGUUUUUGUUAUAGUCAGCACUGUUAUAUCUAUGCUUCUCCCUUUCUUCAACGAUGUGGUGGGACUUCUUGGGGCGAUUGGGUUUUGGCCGCUAACAGUGUAUAUUCCAGUCGAGAUGUAUAUUGCACAGAAGAAGAUAGCAAAGUGGAGUAGCAGAUGGAUAUGCCUCCAAUUGCUUAGCAUUGCUUGUCUUAUAAUUUCUAUUGCAGCAGCUGCUGGUUCUAUUGCCGGUGUUGUUCUUGAUCUCAAGAUUUACAAGCCAUUCCAAACAAGUUUCUAAACCUGUAGGUUUUUUUUCCCCUUAGCAAUUAUUUAAAGGGUAGAGAAGGAAGUAGUUAUCAAAAACACCAAGUGGUUCGAGAUCAAUGUUUCGGCUAGACCGAGGUGCAUGUAAGAUAGCCCGGACACUUGAAUUAUCAAAAAGAAAGUAGAUUCCAGAUCAAUGUUCCAUUACAAACCUCAAGUAGUUGGUUUUGUGGUGGUCCUUUCUUAUUUACUUGUAGUUGCUUGUUUAUUUGAGAAAAAAAGAAAAUUCAAGGAGAAGCAUAACCUUGUAAAUAAAUUAGGGCAAAGUUCACUUUGACCCCUGUGGUUUGGGCCAUGUGUGGAACACACAUAUGGUCCAAAAAUGUGUACAUAACACUCUGUGAUUUGUGAAAUAUGCAGACACAUCCCAUAUUGUCAUA